AUGGAGCUACAGAGCUUGCAAGAGGCGUUAAAAGUGGAAAUCCAGUGUCACCAGAAACUAGUUGCACAGAUGAAGCAAGAUCCACAGAACGGUGAUCUUAAGAAACAAAUCCAUGAAAGGCAAUCAAGAAUAGCAGCUCUUAAUGAAAAACAAAAGCUGGCGGUGCGGAGCUGCCCCGCGGCGGUGCUGGUGGGAAGCGGGGGCAGCGGAAACACCAAGCCCGGCGGCGGGGUCCCUGCGCUUCUCAAAGCGUCCGGCGGCGGCAGCCAGAGCCAGAGCCUGGCCAUCUCCGUCCUGCCGGCCAAGGCUCCCAUCGCGAUGGUGACCGCGCACAUCAACGGGGGGCUGGGCUGCAGCGCGGCCGGCGUGGAGCCCCCGCAGAGCGCCCCCAUCAACCUGCAGACCACGGCCAAGCUGGUGACCGCCCGGAGAGCGCCCGAGCUCGGCUCCCGCUCCCAGGCUUUGGGAACUAUCACUGCAGUGCCCAUUAAAGUUCCUCAGGUCAGCUCCUUGCAGAGGUUGGCAGGACAAGGACCAGCAGUGCUACCUCAGGUUAGGCCAAAGACCCUGAUUCCAGACAGCCUUCCUAUUUCCCCAUGCAGAGACCAACCUUCCAAACAGCCUCCUACUUUCCAAAAGGCAACAGUAGUGAGCAUCAAAAACCCUAGCCCUGCCCUCCCCACCGCCAAUAAUACUGUCAGCCAUGUACAGACGCCUAACAGCCAGUCACAAAGUGUGGCCGAGUCUACAUCUAUCUCAUCACCUCUGAGCAGUGCAGGUGUGGCCUAUGCUAUUAUAUCCACCUCCCCCAACAAUGCAACUCCUAUCAGCACGAGCGCUACCGUCUCUGUGGUCAACGAUAGCAUUAAAGUGCAACCACUCCUCAUUAGUGCCGACAGCAAGGUUAUCAUCAUUCAGCCUCAAGUCCAGACCCAGACAGAAAAUAAAGUGGAAACAAAGAAACCUCCUGAAGAGUCACCUCAGGGACCCCCUGCUACCAAAAAGAAAAAGGAGGAAAAUCCAGAGAAAAUUGCCUUUAUGGUAGCAUUAGGCCUGGUUACAACAGAACACUUGGAAGAAAUCCAGAGCAAGCGUCAGGAAAGAAAGAGAAGAAGCACAGCAAAUCCAGCCUAUAGCGGACUCUUGGAAACUGAGCGGAAACGCCUUGCAUCAAAUUAUUUGAAUAACCCCUUGUUCCUUUCAGCGAGAGCAAAUGAGGAUCCAUGUUGGAAGAAUGAAAUUCACCACGAUGAACACUGUACAGCAUGUAAGCGUGGCAUUAACUUGCAACCAUGUGGCACAUGUUCAAGAGCAUAUCAUCUCAAUUGCUUGGACCCUCCUCUGAAAACUGUCCCCAAAGGGGUUUGGGCCUGCCCAAAGUGCCAACAAAAGGUAUUAAAGAAAGAUGAAAAUGUGCCAUGGACUGGAACUCUGGCUAUUGUUCAUUCCUAUGUUACUCAUAAAACAGUCAAAGAAGAAGAGAAGAGAAAAUUAUUAAAGAAAGGCAGCGAGCUGAAGAGCGAACAUAGACAGUUGGAAGAGAAAGAGAGACUUCUCAACAAUGCGGUUAAAAAAUGCUUAGAGCUAAAAAACAGCCUGUUGGCCCAGCAGAAAGGGACUCAGUCAUCGCUGGAACGUCUCAAAACUCUCAUUAGACUGAUACAAAAUGAGCAGAUGAUUCAGGUUACCAUGACGACAACCACCACCUCCUCCCUGCUAACUGUCCCCUGGAUCAAACCCUCAUCUGCCUCUGCUGCCAUGCACAAAGCCUUGCAGCAAUCACAGGACAAAUUAAAAAAGGAAAAUAUGGAAGGUUGA